AUGGCCUCACUCGCUCCCACGAAUUCAACUUCAGAAGCAUCUAUGACAACAGCACCACCACAACCACCACCAAUUCCCUCCACAGACCACCUCGAACGAGUCUCCUACCUCUUCGGCUACCCAAUAGCUCACUCGCUCUCGCCCCUCCUCCACGGCACAAUUUACGAAUCACUCUCCCUAAAUUACGCACAACAUCUCUAUCCCUCUCAAACCCUCGAACCAUGUCUCGAGCUCAUGCGCACCCCGAAAUUCUUCGGCGCUUCAGUAACCAUGCCGUUUAAAGUAGCAGUAAUACCGCAUCUCGACAUGCUGACUCCCGAAGGCGAGGCAAUUGGCGCUGUAAACACUGUGUUCCUGCGAAAUUCCCCAUCCGGAAAACGGUUGUUGUGUGGGACGAAUACUGAUUGUAUUGGAAUACGGGAAGCAGUUUUGCAGAAUACACCGAAAGAAAUAUCAGCGACUAUGAAGGGCAAACCGGGUAUGGUUAUCGGAGGUGGUGGGACUUGUCGUGCGGCUGUUUACGCGUUGGUUCAGUUUCUCGAGUGCUCGGAAAUCUACCUCGUCAAUCGCGAUCGCUCGGAAUGUGAACAGGUCAUCUCAGAGUGUGUCUCUAAAGGGUUCGGUUCGAAUCUGCGAUAUAUCUCCUCAUUAGCCGAAGCACAAUCUCUGGCUGCCCCAGCAGUAAUAAUCUCUGCGAUUCCUGAUUUCCCACCUAAAACAGCUGCGGAAAUUGAGACGAGGGCUAUCAUUACCGAGUUUUUGGGCAAGCAGGCCGGUGUGAUAUUAGAGAUGUGCUAUCAUCCAUCACCCGACACGGCGGUGGCUAGGAUUGCUAGGGAUAGUAAGUGGCAGGUUAUUGAAGGGACCGAGGCGAUGAUUUGGCAGGGGCUGGAACAGGAUAAAGUGUGGUUGAGGAGGAGGGUGAGUGCGUUGCCGGUGGAGAAAGUGAAAAGUAUUGUCAGAGCGAAGUUGGAAGCUGGAAGAGCUAGGUUGUAG